AUGUCGAACAUAGCCAAUAUUGCGGACAACUUGGGCGUGUCCUUCCUGAAGACACAGGGUGUCAGCGUUCUGACAGUGCUCAUCGUUGGCAUUGGAACUUUACAUAUCGUCCGAAGCAUCUACCGUCGCCAUUUUCAUCCGCUGUCUCAAUUCUCAGGUCCACCUGAAGCAGCGUUGUCCACGAACUGGCUCUAUAAAACUAACCAAGGAGGCUUCCCGGAGCAUGAAUUUGAAAGGCUGCACGAGAGAUACCAAACCAAGGCCCUCCGCAUUGCGCCGAACGAACUUCACCUUUCUGACGUUCACCAAUAUAAAGUCAUCUACAGCCAAUCCAAGCCCUUCCUCAAGUAUCCUCCUUUCUAUAGCGCAUUCAACAUUGACCACUCGCUAUUUGCUGAGACAGACCCGGCGCUGCAUAAAGAAAGACGCAAAAUCCUGAAUCCUCUAUUUUCUCGCACGGCCGUAUUCAAGAUGGAAGGUGUUAUCCAUACCAAGGCGGGAAUCAUGAUGAAAAAGAUUGACAGAUUGAAUGAGAAGCUGAUAAACGCUUAUGACGCCUUCCGGUGCCUCACAACAGAGGUUAUUAUGGAGUUCGCCUUUGCACGCUCCGCCAACAUGCUCGAGGAGGAAGAAUCAACAUUCGACUCGUGGUUCUUGAGGGCGUUUGAUUCAGUCGCUAGCGACACGUGGACAGCCCAUGAAUGGCCUUUGCUGCGGAAGAUUGGAUCACGUUUGCCAAAGAGUCUUGUGAAGAUAAUGAACAAAAAGGUUGUGGACUUUCUGAAAGUUAUUAACUUCGCCGAGAGCUGCAUGAAUCACUAUGAGAAACACGGCAAUACCACAUCUCAUCCAGUUGUCUUCGAUCACCUUCCGUCGGUGGCCUACCCUCAGAAAAUCACCGAAGCCAUGGAUAUCCUGGUUGCUGGAUCGGAUACCACUGCAGCUACCCUGACAGCAGCGCUGCUACAUAUUCUCGCAGAUCAAAAGGUUCACAACAAGUUGGUCGAGGCCGUACAAUCGGUACAGUUAAACGAGCAGGGAAUCCUGCCACUCCUGGAAUUGGAAAAGAUUGAUUAUUUGACGGCUUGUGUGAAAGAAUCCCUGAGGAUCGGAAUGCCCGUCCCUGGCCGGUUACCUCGCAUUGUUCCCCACAACCUGCCUCAGCCCUUCACUGUUGAUGGAAAGGUCAUACCCGCAGGCACUGUCAUCUCAAUCUCGGCCUACACAAUGCACUACAGCGAAGAGCUCUGGGGCCCUGACGCGCGAACCUUCAACCCCGAACGCUGGCUGCAGCCCGAAUCCAAGAACUUGGACCAGUACCUCUGUACCUUCUCCAAGGGUGCUAGGAUGUGCAUUGGACAGAACAUCGCAUUCGCCGAAAUCACGAUUGUGAUGGCAUACAUAUUCCGGAACUAUAAGCUCAGCCUUCCACCUGAUUUUCAACGACCGAAGCAGAGGGACUUUUUUACGAUGGAGUAUGAGAAGCCCGGUUUGCCGGUCAAGUUCGAAGCUGUCAACUAG